UAAUCUUGUCAACACCAGGCUGAUGCGGAUAUAUUCUUGCUAGCUAGCUAGCUAGUGUUUGUUUGCCGAAUUGAUACUAUUAGAAGGCUUCAGAUAAACAAAAAUGGACAACUCUGGUAAAGAAAAAGAAGCCAUUCAGCUUAUGGCUGAAGCAGAUAAGAAAGUAAAGUCUUCUGGUUCGUUCUUGGGAGGAAUGUUUGGAGGGAACCACAAAGUAGAAGAGGCAUGUGAGAUGUAUGCCAGGGCAGCCAACAUGUUUAAGAUGGCCAAGAAUUGGAGCGCCGCAGGGAAUGCCUUCUGUCAGGCGGCCAAGCUCCACAUGCAGCUGCAGAAUAAGCACGACUCCGCCACCAGCUUCGUCGACGCCGGGAACGCCUACAAGAAGGCCGACCCUCAAGAGGCUAUCAACUGCUUAAAUGCAGCCAUCGAUAUAUACACAGAUAUGGGACGGUUCACUAUUGCUGCCAAGCACCAUAUCACCAUCGCCGAGGUGUACGAGUCUGAGUUGGUGGACAUUGAAAAGGCAAUCGCACAUUAUGAACAGGCAGCAGACUAUUACAAAGGAGAGGAGUCGAACAGCUCUGCAAACAAAUGUCUGCUGAAGGUGGCUUCGUACAGUGCACAGCUGGAGCAGUAUCAGAAGGCCAUAGAGAUCUACGAGCAGGUUGGAACCAACACUAUGGACAACCCUUUGCUGAAAUACAGUGCAAAAGAAUACUUCUUCAAAGCCGCUCUGUGCCACUUUAUCGUGGACGAAUUAAAUGCGAAGCUUGCUGUGGAGAAGUAUGAGGAGAUGUUUCCAGCAUUUUCUGACUCAAGAGAAUGCAAACUGCUGAAGAAACUGCUGGAAGCUCAUGAAGAGCAGAACAGUGAAGCUUUCACUGAAGCUGUGAAGGAGUUUGACUCUGUCUCUCGUCUGGACCAGUGGUUGACCACUAUGCUUCUGCGCAUAAAAAAGACCAUCCAGGGCGAUGCUGGGGACCUCAAGUGAACGCUGGAACACAGCCAUGGCAUGUCACCCAAAUCAUUCUAUAUUGUUUUAGUGCAAUGGCCUGGUUCAGGUUCUUCUUAGGUUCAGUACUAAUUGCUGCAAUAGACAUAAAUAUAUACAGAGAUAUUUAAAAUAUAUACAUUCCAUAUCUCCCCAAUAUUAACAUGUUUUGAUUUGCGUUGUCAAAUCAAGUGAGGAUCACAUGAGCACCAUCCUAUUUAUGUCCCUCAUGCCUAUAGGAUGCAACGGAAGUGCAUGAUCUUUUUUUUUUUUUUUUUUUUUUUUUUUUGGUUUGUUUGUUUCAGGACUUUUAUGAGUUUAAAUAGUGUUUGUUCAGUUCACAGUGGAAGUCCAGGCUCCCUCUAGGAAAGCUGAGAAAUGUAUUUUUUAUUUUAACUUUCACAUAAUCAAAGUAUUAUAUGGGACUAGUGCAAGUCUUGCAUGAUGCACAUCUAUUGAAGAGAUGCUGUGGGAAUAAGUAUUUUUUAAUGUAUAUUUAAAUGAUUUUUUUUGUUUUAAAACAGUUUUCUGUAAAAGCUCUUGCUUUUUAGUUUUUCUAGUAUUUCUGUAAUCUGUUGCUUCACAUAUCUAUUAAAGGAACAGCAGACUGGACCGUUUCACAUCAUCAUAGAUCAUGAGUCAACUUCUAGUUGACACAUUGAUUUCCAGCAAAAAGGAAGCAGUUUGGUGCUCAGUCCAAUUUCUCACUCAUUUGAAACAUCCAGUCUGUUUUCCAUCAGGAAAUAGAUGACGUUAAACACUCAGAACCUUUGUGAAGGAUAUUGUGGCAUAUUGUUUAUGUUGAAGCAGAAAGGGUGGGGCAAAUUGCACAUCUCUCUUUGAUGAUGAGGGGUAUGUCUUUGAAUCACGUUUUCAAAUGGGGUACAAAGAUUGAUGUUAUUUACCACCAGUUACUGUAGUUGCUGUCUCAUAUAAUUUAAAAAGGUUUUUUAAGCUUUCAUCUGAAUUGCUGGCAUGCUUUUGUUACUCUGUGAUGUCACAAGGAAGAAAUGUAGAAUUCUAAUGGUAGACAUUCACAGUACUGCUUCAGUGAAUUGGACAGUGUGUUUGGACGAAGUGUUUGUUUUUUAGUUCCCAUUUCCAAAUGGACUGUUAUGAGAAAAUCAAUCUCGCAAACAAGUUAUUGAUAUCGAUUUAACAUUUCUGUUACGGUUGUCUCCGUUUACAUUUAAUGGUUUGCAAAUUCAGUUCUCAGUUUUCUGAAGUGUUUGCAGAAAGAGGUGCAUCCGUUUCCCUCAGUCCUUACGACUUUGAAAUUUAACAUGGCUCUGUGUAACACAUUUUAAUGUUCUAAAUGUCUGUCGUGAUAGUGUUGUUCUAGAGGUUAACCUUUUGCACCCCAUAAAGCUCCAGCAUACAGCAUGUCAUUGUGUGUAUUGUAAAGUAUUGUGUUAUGUAAAGUACUGUGAAGUGGAAUAAAUAAAGGUUUUUAAGCCAACAAAGGGACAAUCGACCUUCAUAUGAAGAUUCAUUCCAGUAGCGUAACUGUACCCAUUAUUAUGCAUUGGUUUGUGCUAAUGUACAGUAAUAAAGAUAGAUCUCCAAA